CUUCUGUCUGUUGUUUAGGUAUGGCGCCGGCGCCGAAGCCGAGAGGCGGCGGGAACCCGGGUGGGGGUCUCGCUCUGUGCUGACCGCGAUCCCGGGGCCGAGUGGGCUAUGGGGGAGCCCGGCUCGUUGGUCACGGGAGACCGCGCCGGUGGCCGGAGUUGGUGCUUGCGACGAGUGGGGAUGGAUGCUGAGUGGCUGCUGCUCGAGGACGGAAACGAGGUAACUAUAGGGCGAGGAUUUGGUGUCACAUACCAACUGGUAUCAAAAAUCUGCCCUCUGAUGAUUUCCCGAAACCACUGUGUUUUGAAGCAGAAUGUCGAGGGCCAGUGGACAAUUAUGGACAACAAGAGUCUGAAUGGUGUUUGGCUGAACAGACAACGUCUAGAACCGUUAAAUGUCUAUUCUAUCCAUAAGGGAGACCACAUCCAGCUUGGGGUACCUCUGGAAAAUAAGGAGAAUGCAGAGUAUGAAUAUGAAGUUACUGAAGAAGAGUGGGACAGGAUGUAUCCUUGUCUUGCCCCAAAGAAUGACCAGAUGACGGGAAAAAAUAAGGGAUUGAGAACUAAAAGGAAAUUUAGUUUGGAUGAAUUAGAGGGCCCUGGAGCUGAAGGCCCCUCAAAUUUGAAAUCCAAAAUAAGUAAAGUAUCUUGUGAAUCUGGUCAACCAGUGAAGUCUCAUGGGAAAGGUGAAGUGGCCAGUCAGCCCUCUGAAUAUUUGGAUCUUAAGUUGACUUCUCUUGAGCCAAGUGAGAAGGCCACAGAGGUUCAUGUUUACCCUGGCUCCACAAAAGUCAUAGAGCUUCAUCAUAAGAAGCAGAAAGCCUCAAACCCUUCAGCAUCUCACAGCAGCUUAGCACUGUUCAGGGUGACCAUGUCCAGGAUUCUGAAGCUGAAAACACAAAUGCAGGAAAAACAGGUAGCUGUACUGAAUGUGAAAAAACAGACCCAAAAAGGGAACUCAAAGAAAAUCGUAAAAAUGGAGCAGGAGCUGCAGGACUUACAGUCCCAGCUAUGUGCAGAGCAGGCCCAGCAACAGGCCAGAGUGGAACAGCUAGAGAAGACUUUCCAGGAAGAGGAACAGCAUCUCCAGGAUUUGGAGAAGGAACAAGGAGAAGAGGACCUGAAGCAACAGCUGGCCCAGGCUCUACAGGAGCAUCGGGCUCUAAUGGAAGAGCUAAACCGCAGCAAGAAGGACUUUGAAGCAAUUAUUCAAGCCAAGAACAAAGAAUUGGAACAGACCAAGGAGGAGAAGGAGAAGGUGCAAGCACAGAAGGAGGAAGUUCUUAGCCACGUGAAUGAUGUGCUGGAGAAUGAGCUCCAAUGUAUUAUUUGCUCAGAAUACUUCAUUGAGGCUGUCACCUUGAACUGUGCCCACAGUUUCUGCUCCUACUGUAUCAGUGAAUGGAUGAAGCGAAAGGUAGAAUGUCCCAUUUGUCGGAAGGACAUCAAAUCCCAAACCCACUCCCUGGUUCUGGACAAUUGCAUUAAUAAGAUGGUAGAUAAUCUGAGCUCAGAAGUGAAAGAACGACGAAUUGUCCUCAUUAGGGAACGAAAAGCAAAGAGACUGUCCUGAAGACCAUGCUCCAGGGGCAUUCGAAGGACUGCCAGGCAGUGGGAGCUUGGAGCUUGGGAUGGUCUAGAGGAUUCUCUGUGGACAGACCUGUGGACAGGUCUUGGGCCGCUCUGAGAUAGAGCAUGGGAUGGAGCCACGUGGGACAGAGACUGAGUUAGGAAGUCCUCCUGAGCCUCCAUGUCGGCCAGCCUUGUGGCCACCAUUGUCUGAAGAGCCACUGGUCCUCACCGCACCGACUGCUUCAGGGUACUCAGUAGACUCGGCUUCACUGCACGUUGAAUGGGUUAUGUAUUUCUGUUCUGCUUUUUAAAUUUAUUGUUGUUGUUACUGUUUCGGUACCUCAGAAGCACCUCUGUCGACAUUUGUUUUGGAUGGGUUGGGUGUACCCUUACGGCUGCCCCUAAAAGCUAAGACAGCUUCUCUUGGAGAAGACGGCAUACCUCUUUGUGAAAACAAGAUGUCAUUUCCUGGAAAUAAAAUGUAAAGCCUAUCAGUUGUGCA